GAUGGAGCACUGAGCAAUGUAAUGUUCAGGACUCCACAGAUAUGAGUUUCUCUCGCGCUCACCGAGUCAAGCAACCACGCGCUCAUCCUGCAGCAUCUCCGGUGCGCGCGACCGCAGCUCGUCCAGGAAAAACGCUGUAGCAUCUUCAUUAAGUUACAAAUACCUCCACACGGAAUCUCCAGCUUGUCGUAUUCCCAACUGUAAGGACCAAGUUGGCUGGCAAUUACUGGUUUAAGGACAAUGGCCCCCAGCUGAAGGCAGUGACGGCAUAAGAGUGAGAUGGAGCUGACCUCAGUAGACUCCUCCGCAGCACUAGACGUAUGGGGCAAUGGCUCCAUUCCUAGUUUUCUUCUCAACGAGAGCGUUCUCAAUGACACCUGCUUCCUCAAUGCUUCGAACUGCACCAAUGGGACAGAUACAGGCAACCGAGGAGAAACAAGCAUGGCAGGAAUCCUCAUCCCUCUCAUUUACAUCAUCGUCUGCAUCGUCGGCCUGGGAGGAAACUCUUUAGUCAUUCAUAUCGUCCUGCACUACUCUAAGACUGAGUCGGUGACCAAUAUCUACAUUCUGAAUCUAGCUAUAGCUGAUGAGCUCUUCAUGCUGGGCCUUCCGUUCCUCGCCGUACAAAAUGCCAUGCAUUCCUGGCCCUUCGGCUCAUUUACGUGCCGGCUGGUCAUGACUGUUGAUGGUAUUAACCAGUUCACCAGCAUUUUCUGCCUCACCGUGAUGAGCAUCGAUCGCUACCUGGCUGUGGUUCACCCUAUUCGCUCCUCUAAAUGGAGGCGACCUCAAGUAGCCAAGGCUGUGAAUGGAACAAUCUGGGCAGUAUCUUUUCUGGUGGUCUUGCCUGUGGUGAUUUUCGCAAGUGUUCAACGGGAAGGAGGAAUCUGCAACAUUAUAUGGCCGAAGCCAGCCAAUGUUUGGGCAGCAGCAUUUAUCAUCUACACCUCCACAGUUGGCUUUUUCUUUCCCUUGCUGGUCAUCUGCAUGUGCUAUCUGCUCAUUGUAAUCAAGAUCCGCAGCUCAGGAAAGAAAGUUCACGCUACAUCCACCAAACGCCGUAAGUCAGAGCGAAAGGUCACGCGAAUGGUGGUGAUUGUUGUGGCUGUGUUCGUGUUCUGCUGGAUGCCGUUUUACGCCCUCAACAUAAUAAACCUUGUGGAGUCGCUGCGUGAUGAACCACAAGGCCUGCACCUUUUCGUAGUGGUGUUGUCUUACGCUAACAGCUGCGCUAACCCUAUUGUUUACGGCUUCCUUUCGGAUAACUUCAAGAGAGGUUUCCGUAAGGCCUUGUGCCGCUCCUCUCGAAGAGUUGAAAACCACGAACCCACCGAGCAGCAGCAGCAGCAUCAAGAGGAGCGAAGACGAGUGUUGAUGCCGAGGGAAAGCCUUAGAAGAGCGGUGAGAAAUGAAGAGGAUGAGGAGGAAGAAGAAUACAGGGAGGAAAUGACAGAGAUGACGGAAAUCUGCAGGAUUACUCAGAAUGGAAACGGAAGCGGACAGCCUGAAAGUACCCGAGCGCUUUUCUUAGAGAGACCUUCGGGCACAGGGGUUUCAGAGGUCUGUUCCCCUGACAGGAGAGGCACGUGCGGGGAUGUGGUUGGUAAAGGACCAGGCUUUGGACCUGCUGCAACCCUGUUGAAUGGGGCUAAAAAUGGCAAUGUGAAAACUCUGCCAGAGGAACCGGUAGAAAAGAACAGCUCACUGGAGAUCAGCUACUUGUAAACCUUGUGAGUUGUGUCAGCUGGAUAAACAGUGUUAUUGUACAUGCCUUUGUAGUUAUUUCCUUUUCUGGAGUCUAUUUGGCUGCAUUUACACUGCAGAUCUUGAUGGUCAAUUCUGAUUUUUCUGAGUGUACUCAAUUGUUUUUUGAUGGGCCAAUUACAUCUGAUAUCCACAUCUGAUACAUCUGAUAUACAGCUGAUAUCCACAUUCAUACUAUAAACAACAAAGAUGCUUUGACUCUGGGAUAAAAACAACCCAGGGUCUUUGUGAAAGUGUACCCCUAUAUACAUCUAUGGAGAUUGCCAUAUACGUCCCAGGUGGUACAUUUUGCAGUUUUUUUUUUCAUGAAUCCGCCAGGGGCCGCUGGGUAUGCUUUUUCAGAUCUCAAAUUUCUCUCUCGAAUACCUUUUUGUGCCUGCUCUUCUCACGUAAAUUCACUAGAGGCCACUGUUGACUGAAUGACUGACCAACUGUCCAAUUACCCCAACCCACCCCCUUCCCUAAACCCAUCCAAUAAUGUUUUAAAAAACACAGAUUGACCAGCGCCCAGCCCUUUCCCUAAACCCAAACGACAGCAUUUUGAAAAGCAAUCCAGAAAAAGAAAAGCCCUCUCCUGACUUUUACAACGUUUUCAGAUUUUACCACGUCCUCACCCUGGUAUUUACUUGUUUAUUUUAUUUUUUGGCUUUUGUUUUACUUGCUUUCUGAAAUUGUUUUUGGCCAGACUCAAACCCUGUCGUCGCAGAACUCCUGUGAGCCACCAGACAAACUGGUAACAGCGGGAAAGCCGUCCAUAUAGAGGUAGGCAGUAAACUGCUAGCACGAAAAUGAACGGCGUCAUACCGCCCCAUAGCAUUCGUUUUAAAGACAAAAUGCAGCCAUAUGUGUACCUCUGGCUACAUAAUUCGCGAUCUCCAGAAAUGUAUAUAGGGCUACGUUUUCAGAAUGAGCCUAUGUUGCAUAAAAAUAGCAGUUGCUGAUUCUUUGCUCCAUUCCAUUUUUAAUCUGUUUGCAGGGUUUACUAAGAGCUGUCUCACAUACAUGGCAUACUUAAGCACUGUAUUUCUCUCUCUCUCUCUCUCUAUACUUUUUAAGAAAAGUUAAUUUGUUAUAUAUUACAUAAAAGUUCACUAUAGCCAUCCAUUUAAAUUUUCGACUAGUAAGCAUUUGAAUGUCAUGUCCAUGUGGUAUAAAGUAUGCACAAUUUGACCAAAAUAGUUUUUACAUCAUGUAUGCAACAGUUUUAUAUUGUUUACAUGACAAAUGCCACUCUCUCUCUCUCUCUCUCUCUCUCUCUCUCUCUCUCUCUCUCUCUCAUGCUGCUUAAAUGCAUUUAUGUGUGCUACAUAAAAAAAUUGUCCUUGUAUAUGAGAUUUAGGGUGCUUUCACACCUGCCUUAUUUAGUUCGGUUAAAUCACACUAGAGUUUGUUUUUCCUCUUGGUGCAGUUCAUUUGGGCAUGUGUGAAUGUGGCAAUCGCACUGGAGUGUGCACCAAAAGUGGACCAAAAAAAGCGUACCGAGACCUCCUUGAAGAGGUUCGUUUGUGGUGAGAACAUGAUCUGAACUUAAACAGACCAAUUUGCAGAAAGUACUUCGCCUUUUUGGACUAGGCCAGCUGUCAUAGUAUGAUGAGCUGUCCCAUCUUAUGUGGUGUGGAGGAACAGGCUGACAGCGCUUUACAAACAAUUUUAAACAGAGAGAGAGGGAAAAACAUUACCUGAUGGAUCGUUGGUAAUAUUUCCAGAAGAUGACCAUGUCACAGUUUAGCUAAAUUAAUUCACGCCUCCUCCUGAAGUGACUUACGAUGUGCCUUCACCGUUUGCAAUGCAUUAAAACAUUGGUUGUGCAGCGACCGCGCUACAUUCUCAAAAUGUAUAGUUUGUCUAAAGUGAUGUAUACAAGCUAUAUACUAUACUAUGACCAGGGAUACAAUCAGCCAGCGCAGUCGUCCCUCCAUAGUAAAAAGCGACAUUUCAUGUCUGCCAGUUUGUUUACUUGUGGGAGUUCCAAUGGCAUUUUUGGCAUGUUAAUUCGUUCAAUUACAUCUGGCCAAUGAGUGAUCUGGAUUUUGUCACAUGACUGGUUUUUAGUUCGAACCAAAGCAAUCAGUGUGAUGUAAAAAGGACCCAAAAACAGCAGAAAAAUGCUACAAUGUAUCAUUUGUUGCACUUGGUCUGAACCAAAUGAACCGAACCACAGAUGUUAAAUCACCCUUAAGGUUUAGGACUUAUGUAGGACUCAGAGUUAAUGUCAUUUGCCACCAUUUUUCAAAGGUGUACAACUUUUUAUUGACUGAUGAAAAUCCAAUCUACCUGCUUACACUUUUCAUUCAUAUUGAUUCUAUUUCCUCAUGAGGCCUGAAACCAAUCUGAGUGUAUCAGACUCCAUGGGGACUUUUUCCUGCUUACAUGUGUUUGAGCCAUAUCCGAUCUUUGCAACAUGGGAGGAAAAAUUGGAAUUGUGCCCCUUGCUAUGUGACUAUGCAGUGUAAAUGCGGCCUUUAGGACUGAAUUUACUAUGAAAUUUCUUUCUAGAGAUUAGCCCUGGUUAAACGGAAGUGUAAAAUCUGUAAACAGAAUCUGAAUCUGUAUUGCCUUAUUUAAUGGACAGCAAAUCCAAGCAAGAGUUUUCUGCAGCAUUCCGCAGUCCAUGGUACAACAACCUAUAUGGGACCUGCACUACAAUAUGUGAAGCAUCUGUGUGCCUUUUUCUAAAAUUGUUUAGGAGAUUUAAUCAAUGCAGCGAAGACAUGGCACUAGAUCACCAAGUACGUUUACAUGCACUUCUGCUUGAUUAGCUGUGUGUGUAGAUCUACUAAGUGUGACUUGUAGCAUAACAUUACAGAGAGGAUUUUGUAUAUGUAAACAGAUCUGUGAUUAUACACCGCAUCAUUUCCUACAUCAGCUUGUAGAUUUCUAUAAAUGUAUUUUGUAUGUGCUUUUGCCUUAAUUGUAAAAGUGUUGUACACUUCUGUUGCAAACAGGUCUGCAAAUUUAAUUGAAUCGCGUUGUAAUAUUAUACAAUUUUGUGCUGUCUAUCAGCUGUGUUCUUGUUUAUUGGCAUUGCUUGAAAUAUUACACAAAUAUUCAACUGGACAUGAUUAUCAGCCCUAAAAUGGAAUGCUAUUCGGCUUAGCUUUUUGAGUCUCAUCUGUUUAAAAUAUAUUAUGAUACUGUUAAUGCACCAUGGUUAUAAUGAAUGUUUAAAAUGAAUCUAUUUUUCAUGAAUAAGUUUGUGCUGGGAGACUAAAGGCCUGUUCUCCCUGAUCAUGAUAAUGAUAGCAGAGUUCAUCCCACAACUAUAGCAGUAGCAAUGGAAUUGGUUUAAAACUUGGGCUGGGCCGAUAAACGAUAUUAUAUCGAAUUUCCCUAAAAUGUAUGUCAGUAACAAUGAUAAGCUCUGGAUCUCUUUACUCUGUAGUGAUCUAAAAGACAAUCACACAACAGAAAUGUGCAACAAUGGGAAUCUAAAGGUGUGUUGAUAUAUGAGAUACAUCAAAUUUUCAGCCACCAAAAAUUAUUGGCUGAAAAUGUUAUACCAUUUAAUGGACCCUCUAAUUUUUGUGGCUUCAGUCAUUGUUGGGAUACUCUUAAACCUG